UUGGCUCACCUCCCAGGGUCUGCAUUCCCUUUCCCUACCCCUGGCAAGGCCGAGGUGUCCUGUUCCGCAAGGCUGGUCAGUUCAGGAAGUAGACAUCUUGAGCACCUCCAGUGGCCCAGGCAUUUUCUCCAAAGAGAGGCAGCUUACCUCCUCUUCCCUUCCUCCCAUUAUUCACUGUGCAAGGCGUCCUGCACCCAUUGGCUGGGAGGUGGUGUCUGGGGCCCUCCAGCCCAGCGCCAGCACCCAGAUCCACGUGCGCCCGUGUGUGUGACACAGCCCUGACCUCAGUGGGGGCCAGUAGCCAAUCAGGCGCCGGAACGAGAGCCUCAGCCAAUCGGGGGCGGGGCCUGCGGCUCCGCCGGCUGGAGGCCAAUGAAGGGCAGUGCCUGGCAUUAUGCAACCCGCCUCCUGGCCCCGCGGAGCUUCCACUCGGUUGCUGGCUGCAACGGCGGCGGGCAGGCGGCCGGAGGGCGCUCGCGCGGCCAGGUAGGCAUCUCCGAGGCCACCCGGGUGGUAGCUCUCCGGUCCCGAGCCGGACCGCCGCCACUUCCAGCCUGAUGGGCCGCUUUCGGCCCAGGCGCUCAGGCGGCAUACCAAUAAAAUCCGCCUUCCUUGCCGCUGUCCAUCCCCUCUCUGCCCCUGGGGACCUAGGUGUUUCUCGCAAACCUGCACCAGGUGUCCGCACUCCUGACCCGCUUACCUUACCUCCAGCUUUGCCCUCCGCUCCUAGCUAUCGCGGCCCCACACUCGACCCUCAGCAGGCAUGCCCCCUGUCGCCUUUCUUAUCACUUGGGGGUCCCAUGUUUUUCCCCAGCACCAGGACCUCUUCAGGCUUUCCGCGCUCCCCACGCUCCCCCUCCAGUCCCUGGCCCCGCGCCGGCCGUGAUGUCAGCCCGGUUCGGGCUGGAACAUCCCGUUCCCGGCGCUAGUUCCUGCUGUUGGCCACAGCCUUCCCUUUUCUCCUGGCGCUCAGAAAAUGCUCGCGGUGUUGGGGGUGUGGCUGGAUGGGGAGUAGGGGAAGAACAGUCGGCUGGCUGUUGUGCGUCCCUUGCUCAGAGCUGCGUCUGUCUGCUUCGGAUGGGGGUUGCGUAGGGGGUUGUCUAAAAAGUAGAGGACUGAGGCGAGAGGAUUCCUGGGUCCCUGACGAUGGCAGGUGCUGGUUUUAGCCCUGGGGAUCUGGAGAGGGUGCAGGGGCCGGAGAAGGAAAGGCUGUGUCGUCUUAACCAGAAUGACUGGGAUCCAGGCGAACGCCAGGGUGGGGGCCUUUGCUCGGAGGGCGGUGGCAGUUGUGUUUUGCCCUGGGAAGCAAGGCCAGCCCCUGGAACCCCGAUGGGCCGCCCAUCUUCAUACGGCCAUCGGGCCCUCCGGGGUCUGGGGACAUAUUAGAGGUGGGCGACCUCUGGCCGCGCCCGCCAGCGUGGGAGUGGGUCGUUCCCCGACUUCCGCCGGGAAAUGGGGGAGGGGUCGCCCCUCCCGCCCUCCUGUGGUCCCUCCAGCAACCGCUGAGCUCAGCUGCUGACGUCGGUUUCCCUGGCGACCGCGGCGGCGGCGGAAGCGCGUGUUGGGACCGCGCACGUCCGUGCGCAUGUGCGGCGGGGGUGGCGCCGCCCCCGGUUAAAAUUAGCCUGAAGGCCUAAAUAUAGAAGGAAAAAGGCUCAUCCCCUGCUGAGAGGCCUGGGAGUCCCAGGCAGAGUAGGGGCUCGAUGGGAAUUCGAGGAUGGGAAAUGUCCAGGCUUUGGCCCACAGCCGUAGUUCUACUCGACUGCUCAGGUUCCACUUACCCGGGCCACCAUGUAGGGGAUGUGGGGCAAGGCCCACGAGAGGCUCAUUCCCACCUGGAGCACCCCAGGGGGACAGGACAAGUUACCUAGGCUCCUAUUGGAAGCCUGGGUCCCAGGAGCGUGGGGGCAGGCAGGGGAGGGUCUGAGCGAAGCCGACAGGCACUGUGAAGUUAACCAUCCAGCUUUCUCCAAGCCCUCCAUCCUGAUCUCCCUCUCUAGGUACUGGCUGUGAUCAAACUUCUCAAUCUUCAGAGGCUUGGGUCUCCCACCUCACUCCUCUAGCCAGGCCUCCUGGCCCCCUUGUGCAUCCAUUGUGGCCUCUCCACCUUCCCUGUUCUCCUGCCCUCCCCAUGGCCCAGACAUGAGUAGCUCCCUAGAAGGGGCUGAUGGGGGAGGGGACCCCAGGCCAGGGGAAUCUUUUUGUCCUGGAGAGGCCCCAUCCCCUGGCCCUCCACACCACCGGCCUUGCCCUGGCCCAAGCCUGGCUGAUGACACGGAUGCCAACAGCAAUGGCUCCAGUGGCAAUGAGUCCAACGGGCCCGAGUCCAGGGGUGCAUCUCAGCGGAGCUCACAUAGCUCCUCCUCCGGCAAUGGCAAGGACUCAGCCCUGCUGGAGACCACUGAGAGCAGCAAGAGCACAAAUUCUCAGAGCCCAUCCCCACCCAGCAGUUCCAUUGCCUACAGCCUCCUGAGUGCCAGCUCGGAGCAGGACAACCCAUCUACCAGUGGCUGCAGCAGUGAACAGUCAGCUCGAGCAAGAACCCAGAAGGAACUCAUGAUGGCGCUGCGGGAGCUCAAGCUUCGGCUGCCACCAGAGUGCCGGGGCAAGGGCCGCUCUGGGACCCUUGCCACACUACAGUACGCGCUGGCUUGUGUCAAGCAGGUUCAGGCCAACCAGGAAUACUACCAGCAGUGGAGCCUGGAGGAGGGUGAGGCUUGUGCCAUGGACAUGUCCACCUACAGCCUGGAGGAGCUGGAGCACAUUACGUCCGAGUACACGCUUCGCAACCAGGAUACCUUCUCCGUGGCUGUCUCUUUCCUGACAGGCCGCAUCGUCUACAUUUCGGAGCAGGCAGGUAUCCUGCUGCACUGCAAGCGGGAUGUGUUCCGGGGUGCCCGCUUCUCAGAGCUCUUGGCUCCCCAGGAUGUGGGCGUCUUCUAUGGUUCCACUGCCCCAUCUCGCCUGCCCACCUGGGGCACUGGGGCCUCGGCAGGUUCAGGCCUCAAGGAUUUCACCCAGGAAAAGUCUGUCUUCUGCCGUAUCAGAGGAGGUCCUGACUGGGAUCUAGGGCCUCGGUACCAGCCAUUCCGCCUAACUCCAUAUGUGACCAAGAUCCGGAUCUCAGAUGCGGCCCCCGUGCAGCCGUGCUGCCUGCUCAUUGCAGAGCGCAUCCACUCCGGUUACGAAGCUCCCCGGAUCCCCCCUGACAAGAGGAUCUUCACCACACGGCACACGCCCAGUUGCCUCUUCCAGGAUGUGGAUGAAAGGGCUGCCCCACUGCUCGGCUACCUCCCUCAGGACCUCCUGGGGGCCCCAGUGCUCCUGUUCCUGCAUCCUGAGGACCGACCCCUCAUGCUGGCCAUCCACAAGAAGAUCCUGCAGCUGGCUGGCCAGCCCUUUGACCACUCUCCUAUCCGCUUCUGCGCCCGUAAUGGAGAGUAUGUCACCAUGGACACCAGCUGGGCUGGCUUCGUGCAUCCCUGGAGCCGCAAGGUGGCCUUUGUGUUGGGCCGCCACAAAGUACGCACGGCACCCCUGAAUGAGGAUGUGUUCACUCCCCCGGCCCCCAGCCCAGCUCUGUCCUUGGACUCUGAUAUCCAGGAGCUCUCUGAGCAGAUCCACCGGCUGCUCUUACAGCCUGUGCACAGCCCCAGCCCCUCGGGGCUUUGUGGAGUCGGCCCUGUGACCUCCCCUGGCCCUCUCCUCAGCCCUGGCUUCUCCAGUGAUAGCAACGGGGGUGAUGCUGAGGGGCCUGGGCCUCCUGUCCCGGUGACCUUCCAGCAGAUCUGUAAGGAUGUUCAUCUGGUGAAGCAUCAGGGGCAGCAGCUUUUUAUUGAGUCCCGGGCCCGGCCUCCACCCCGGCCCCGCCUCCCUGCUACAGGCACAUUCAAGGCUAAGACCCUUCCAAACCAGUCCCCAGACCCAGACCUGGAGGCAGCUCCUGCUCCAAUCCAGGCCCCACUAGCCUUGAUCCCUGAGGAGGCUGAGAGGAAAGAAGCCUCCACUUGUUCCUACCAGCAGAUAAACUGCCUGGACAGCAUCCUCAGGUACCUGGAGAGCUGCAACAUCCCCAGCACCACCAAGCGUAAAUGUGCCUCCUCCUCUUCUUGCACCACCUCUUCAGCCUCUGACGAUGAUAAGCAGAGGACAGGUCCACUCUCUGUGGGGGCCAAGAAAGAUCCAUCAGCAGUGCUGUCUGGGGAGGGGGCCACCCUGCAAAAGGAGCCGGUGGUGGGAGGCACCCUGAGCCCACUUGCCCUGGCCAAUAAGGCGGAGAGCGUAGUAUCCGUCACAAGUCAGUGUAGCUUCAGCUCCACAAUCGUCCAUGUGGGAGACAAGAAGCCCCCGGAGUCGGACAUCAUCAUGAUGGAGGACCUGCCUGGCCUGGCUCCAGGCCCAGCUCCCAGCCCAGCCCCCAGCCCUACGGUAGCCCCUGACCCAGCCCCAGAUGCUUACCGCCCGGUGGGCCUGACCAAGGCCGUGCUGUCCCUGCACACGCAGAAGGAGGAGCAAGCCUUCCUCAGCCGCUUCCGUGACCUCGGCAAGCUGCGUGGACUUGGCAGCUCCUUGGCCCCAUCGGCCCCUGGCGAGCGAGGCAGAGUGCAGCCUCGACUGGCAGGAGGAGCUCCCAGGCUGUCAGUGCCUGCAGGAAUUUUGGCGGAUGAACCAGAGGCGCCUGCCCAUUCGUCCAUGGACCCACCCUGCCUCCUUCCAUCUGCCAGCGUGCCUCCAUCUUCUCUGCGCCCCCAGCUCGACCCCUCAUGCUGCCACCAUGGCCCCACACCCCCCGGCCGCCGACACCACUGCCGAUCCAAAGCCAAGCGCUCACGCCACCACCAGACCCCCCGGGCUGAAGCCCCCUGCUAUGUAUCCCACCCCUCACCUGUGCCACCCUCUGCCCCCUGGCCCCCACCACCAGCCACUACUCCCUUCCCAGCUGUGGUCCAGCCCUACCCCCUCCCAGUAUUCUCCCCACAAGGAAGCCCCCAGCCUCUUCCUCCUGCCCCCACAUCAGUGCCUCCUGCAGCUUUCCCUGCCCCCCUGGUGACCCCAAUGGUGGCCUUGGUGCUCCCUAACUAUCUGUUCCCUACCCCAUCCAGCUGUCCCUAUGGGGUACCCCAGACCCCCGUCGAGGGGCCUCCUACCCCUGCCUCCUACUCCCCUUCUCUGUCCCUCCCUGCACUGGCCCCCAGCCCUCCCCACCGCCCAGACUCUCCACUAUUCAACUCGAGAUGCAGCUCCCCACUCCAGCUAAAUUUGCUGCAGCUUGAGGAGCCCCUGCGUGUUGAGGGGGGUGCUGUUGCAGGGGGUCCUGGGAGCAGUGCUGGGCCCCCGCCUCCCAGUGAGGAGGCCGCUGAACCAGAGGCCAGACUGGUGGAGGUAACUGAGUCCUCCAAUCAGGACGCGCUUUCUGGCUCCAGUGACCUGCUAGAGUUGCUGCUGCAAGAGGACUCUCGCUCUGGCACAGGCUCUGCUGCCUCAGGCUCGUUGGGCUCUGGCUUGGGCUCUGGGUCUGGUUCAGGCUCCCAUGAGGGGGGCAGCACCUCAGCCAGCAUCACACGCAGUAGUCAGAGCAGCCACACAAGCAAGUACUUCGGCAGCAUCGACUCUUCCGAGGCUGAGGCUGGGGCUGCCCAGGCCAGGGCUGAGCCUGGGGACCAGGUCAUUAAGUAUGUGCUCCAGGAUCCCAUCUGGCUGCUGAUGGCCAAUGCUGACCAGCAUGUCAUGAUGACUUACCAGGUGCCCUCCAGGGACAUGGCCUCUGUGUUGAAGCAGGACCGGGAGCGGCUCCGGGCCAUGCAGAAGCAGCAGCCUCGGUUCUCGGAGGACCAGCGGAGGGAACUGGGUGCUGUGCACUCCUGGGUCCGGAAGGGCCAGCUGCCUCGGGCCCUGGAUGUGAUGGCCUGUGUGGACUGCGGUAGUAGCACCCAAGACCCUGGCCACCCUGAUGACUCACUCUUCUCGGAACUGGAUGGACUAGGGCUGGAGCCCAUGGAGGAGGGUGGUGGCGGUGGUGGCGAUGGAGGCGAGGGCGAGGGUGGAGAGGGGGCCCGAGCCCAAGCUGGGGCCAGGGUCUCAAGCUCUCAGGACCUGGCCAUGGAGGAGGAGGAACAAGGUGGGAACUCAUCCAGUCUAGCCUUACCUGCCACAGAAAAUGGCACCAGCUAGACUACAUUUUGGGGCCACAUCUGGGAGUGCAUGAGAAGCUUCCUUCUCCCAUGUCCCAACUCUCAGAACUCAGAUGUGGCUGGACCAACCAAUAGGAAACUGCCCCAGCUUCUACCGCUGUAGGGGGCUGGACCCCCAUCACCAGCCCAGGAUCCAGGGGCUGCCUCUGGCUUUUUAGGGAACAGAGGGUGGAACUCUUCAGCCCAGCCCAGAGAAGCCUCACCUCCCACCCCUGGUGAGGAGUCCUUCCUUCCCCUGGACAAAGUUGCUGACAAGCUGCUGAAGUGGUCUCUCCAAAUCCCAGCUGAGCCCAGGCCCUGGUCCCCGAGGGUUGGGGCUGCAAUUAUUUAUUGGAGGGGACAGCCCUCUCUCCCACCUCUUCUCCAGAUGGGAGGAGGAGGUCUUGAGGCCCAAGCAGGACCCAGCGGUCCAAACCCCUAGCUGCUCCAGGGUAGGGGAGGUUGGUGGACCAUGGAGUCCCUGGUGCUGCCCCUCAGGUGGGACCCAGGUGUUCUCAGCUGUACCCUCUACCAAUGGCAUUUGUGUUUUUGA